UUGUUUAGUUUUUUUUCUCGGUAUAAGUUUUUAAUUUUUAAAAUUACAAAAAAAAAUGGCUGCAACCGAAAUCAUAAACAUUGUACAAGCACAAAUACCCGAUAUUGAUCAACAAUUAUCCGACUAUAUUACUGGUGUACUAACAUCCGAUACGUUUGCUUCGGCAAAUGAUAUCAAAGAAGCAGUAGGUGAAAUUUUCAUCUCAUGUUUUAAUGACGCAUUCAAUCCAAAUCCACCUAAAUCACCGGAAAAUUUAUGUCAGGUUAUGUGUGAUAAAUUAUUCAAUAUAAUUCGUGCCAACAAUGAACAAGACAAUGAGGAUGGUGAUGAUAUUAGACUUAGCCGGCCUAUACACAUUGGUUCAACGGUCGAUGAUGAUAAAGAAGAAGAAUGGAAAUCUAUCUGGACAAGUGGUAAAGAAGUUGAAUCCAAAGUUGACCAGAACAAACUUCGAAAAGCCGAAGAAAAACUUAAACAAAAAGCAGAACGACGUGAUGGUGUUGGUCCAUCUACAGCUGAUACCAAUACAACUGCUUCGAAUGUACAGGCAUCGGCUUCACAAUCAUUAUCAAAGAAAGCUAAUCGACAAGAAGAGGCUGGAACAAAUCGAACCAAAGAUAUUAAAAUUGAAAAUUUCGACAUUUCAUUUGGCAGUCAUGUGUUAUUGCAAGGUGCUAACCUAUCAUUGAAUUAUGGCGAACGAUAUGGACUUUGUGGUCGUAAUGGUAUCGGUAAAUCUACGCUGUUGAAAAUGAUAUCCACCGGUCAAUUGGUCAUUCCAUCACAUAUUCGAAUAUUACACGUAGAACAAGAAGUAGUUGGUGAUGAUACAACAGCAUUGGAUUCUGUCCUUGAAUGUGAUACUGUUCGCAGAGAUCUUCUUGAACGUGAAAAAAUCUUGUCACAAAAAUCAUCACUAACCGAUAAGGAGACUGAACAAUUAAAUGAAAUCUAUCAAGAAUUAACCGCUAUUGAAGCUGACAAAGCUCCAGCUAAAGCUGCUACCAUUCUAUUAGGUUUAGGUUUCACACAUGAAAUGCAAAAAAAUGCAACAAAAACAUUUUCCGGUGGUUGGCGAAUGCGUUUAGCAUUGGCAAGAGCUCUGUUUUCAAAACCGGAUCUUCUGUUGCUGGAUGAACCUACCAACAUGUUGGACAUGAAGGCCAUUAUUUGGCUUACCAAUUAUCUUGUUAAUCAUUGGACAUCGACAUUAUUAGUCGUGUCACAUGAUCGAAAAUUCCUUUCAGAAGUACCGACGCAAAUACUUCAUUUUCAUUCCCGAAAAAUCGAUUGCUAUCAAGGAACAUAUGAAUCGUUCAUGACAGCUAUGACUGAAAAACUUAAAAAUCAAGAACGUGAAUACGAAUCACAACAGAUGUACAUUAAACAUACACAAGAAUUUAUUGAUCGUUUCCGUUAUAAUAGCAAAAGAGCAUCAUUGGUACAAAGUCGAAUUAAAACAUUAGAUAAAUUAAAAAUUGUCGACCAAGUUGAAAAAGAAUCUGUAGUCGUGUUCAAGUUGCCACAGCCAGAAAGUUUAUCACCACCGAUUCUCGAAUUGAGCGAAGUAAAUUUUGCCUAUCAAUCGGGCCGAACUAUUCUAAAGAAUGUCAACCUGAAUGCCAAUCUACAAUCACGUAUCUGUAUCGUCGGUGAUAAUGGAUCGGGUAAGACAACUUUGCUUAAAUUAUUGAUUGGUGAUUUGAAUCCAACAACCGGUAUACGGCAUUCACAUCGUAAUCUAUCCAUCGGUUAUUUUACUCAACAUCAUGUGGAUCAAUUACCAAUGAAUCAAAGUCCAUUACAAUUUAUGGCCACACAACAGCCUGGAAAAUCAGCUGAACAUUAUCGAAAAUAUCUAGGCGGUUUCGGUAUUACUGGUGAUCUUAGUUUACAAUCACUGCAAUCAUUAUCCGGUGGACAAAAAUCUCGUGUUGCUUUUGCAGCUAUGACAUUGACAAAUCCACAUUUAUUCAUCAUGGACGAACCUACUAAUCAUUUGGAUGUCGAAACAGUGGAAGCACUGGCCAAAGCAUUGAAUGAAUUCAGUGGUGGUGUUAUACUCGUUACUCAUGAUCAAAAUAUGAUACAAAAAGUUUGCCAAGAAUUAUGGCAUUGUAGUGAUGGAACAAUCAAAUGUCUAAAAGGUGGAUUUGAAGAAUACAAAGAGAUAAUCAAUAAGGAACUACAAGAAAUUUCUUAAUAUUUUUUAAUUUGUUUUUUUUAUUAUAUUUUAACAAAAAUACAAAAAAAAAUCAAUGAAUAAAAUCA